AUGUUGAAUCUAGACGAUCCGAAGGCAAAAGAAUACGGCUCCAGUAGUGUAGGAGGAGAAGAAACGGCUAUGAUUUCAGAAUCCGAAGAAGAAAAUGAAAGCGAAAAAAAUGCAAGUGAGAAAGAGGAAGAGGAGGAAUCAGGUGAAGUAGGAGAAGAAAAUAUAGGAGAAGAAGAGAAGGAUUCCGGAGACGAAGAGAAAGAAGUUGGAGAAGAAGUGAAUGAACCCAAAGACGAAGAGAAGAAGAUGAAAUGGAGCCCCGAAAAAAUGACGAAGAAGCGGAAGGAAGAACGACCCAAUUAUCAGUACGAGAACAUGAAACUGAGUCGCAUGCAGAGUGAAAUAUUGAGAAAGAAAGAAAUUGCGAGUAUCUUGAUAGCAACAGCGACUGAGAAGGAACUUCUGGAAAGCAUAGGGAUGAACAAGGAAAGUUGUUGGGCUGAUGACGAGGAUGAUGCAGCAGUUGAUCGUUGGACCAAGAUAAUACAUAAAGGGAAGAAAAAAAUUUCUUUGAAGAACAGUUCGCCAUCGAUUUUGGGGCUGGUACAGCUGAGGUUGAAGGUCCCACCAUUUCUGAUAUUGAGGGACCAUCCAAUAAUGCAGAAUAUGGUCUUCCUCAUGCAAAAUUCGGUGAAGGCUCCUGGAGUUAAGGAUUUAAAAGCGUUGGAAGCUCGGAUUAGUAAUGUACUCCGAGAUGAAGAGGAAAGUGAUACUCCAUCGGAGGAAGAUGGUGGUGAUUAUUCAUUGGAGAAAGAUAAAGAUGAUAAUGCGUCAGAAGAAGAUGGUGAUGAUAUUCCAUCGCAGAAAGAUGAAGAUGAUGGUGAUAUUCCGUCGGAGAAAAUUGAAGAUGGUGGUUCUUAUGAUGAUAUUGUUCUCGACAUUACAAAACAAGUGCAAAGUGAACAUGGAAAUGGUGAUGAUGAAAUGGAUGAUACUGCAGAGAUGUCUGCAGCGGCUGCGCUGGUCGAGAGUGAGAAAUCUGAAAAGGUAAACACUGAGAAGAAGAAGAAAAAGAAGAGGGUGAGAAUAGAUGAUGGAAAAGAAAUAGUUCCUGAAAAAGCCAAAGGGUGGCGAUAA